GCCCGAGAGCAGCACUGCGAGGCAACAGGGCAUGAUGCGCCAGAGUUUGAGUGCGAAGUGUGUGACCGUUACUUUGAUGAUGACGAAGAUCGCAAAGAACACGAGAUCAACAAUCAUCUCUACUGCUCUGAUUGCGAGCGCGAGUUUUCUAACUGGAACAAUAUGCAGCAGCAUCUCAGGUCUUCUCGACAUCGUCCUCGACAUCAUCGUCAUCAUGAUGAUCAACGAGGUGUUGUCUGCCCGUUCUGCAGAGCCAACUACCGAACUGCAUCUGGUGUGACCCAUCACCUUGAGCGCGGUUGCUGUCCGAGAGCACCCCUUGAUCGGGAUCAACUCUACCGGGAAAUCAGACGACGUGACCCAAACGGCUACAUCUCAAACAAGUUUCUCGAAUGGCAUGGUACAACUACCUACGAAGCGACGCAACUCGCCUGGAACCCACGGUACCGGCAGUACGAGUGCUACCUUUGUCACACCUUGUUUCGGCACUUGUCGAGUCUCAACCAACACCUUGAAUCCCCACGGCAUCAACAAAACUUGUACCACUGCCCAAACCGGUCGUGUUUCAAGGAGUUUACGACGUUGGCGGGGCUGAUCAAUCAUUUGGAGAGCGAAAGCUGCAGCUUCAUGCGUUUUGAGGCAGUGCAGAAUGGCAUCCGAGGAUUGGUCUCUUCGAACCGACGGAUUGCGUUCUAG